CAGAUAGUCGAGCGAGGGAGGACAACGACCAUGAGGCUCCACCGUCUCCGCCAUCACCAUCAUAGUCUUCACCUCCCUCUGAGCUUCUUCACCAAUAAUCGGCGUAAUCGCCGCUGCUUCGCCACUAAGUACACAGCUCGAGUGGUCAGUUCCGCCGCUGACGGCCGCUCAUUGGCCGUCGAGGUGGACUCCCCAACCCUCCCAACCGACAUCCGCGGCUACGCCGUCCCCCGCCGCGAUCUCAUCUGCAAGGCCACCCGAAUCCUCCUCCAGCCGCCGUCUGCCACCUCUGACCCAUGCCUUGAUCUCGCCGACUACUUCCACACCCUCUCCCUCUCUAUCACCCCAUCAGAAGCCAGCGAAAUUCUCAAAUCCCUCAACUGCCCUCGCAAAGCUCUAGAAUUCUUCCGAUUCUGCCCCUCACACAUCCCUGGUUUCCGGCAUGACGCCUUCUCCUACAACCGACUCCUCCUCAUCCUCUCCAAGUCGCUCUUGCCGGACCGCCUUGACCUCGUCCGUCGAAUUGUUGAUGAAAUGGAGCGGUCUGGCGUUCGUGGUACCAUCUCCACCGUCAAUAUAUUGAUCGGUAUCUUCGGGAGUGCGGAUUUGGAGAGGUGUUCGGGCUUGAUUGAAAAAUGGGGCUUGAGGUUCAAUUGUUACACUUAUAAGUGUCUUCUUCAAGCCUAUUUGAGGUCGCACGACACGAAUAAAGCUUAUGAAGUGUAUGUAGAUAUGCGCAGGCGCGGAUAUAAAUUGGAUAUUUUCGCUUAUAAUAUGCUCCUUGAUGCUCUUGCCAAAGAAGAAAAGUUUGAUGAGACUUUCAAGGUUUUUGCCGACAUGAAGCUGAAGCACUGUGAGCCUGAUGAGUACACAUACACAAUUCUGAUCAGAUUGACUGGAAAGAUUUGUAAAACUGAUGAAUCACUGGUACUCUUUCAGGAAAUGAUAGAAAAGGGCAUUAGUCCUAAUUUCAUGGCUUAUAAUACAAUGAUCCAGGCACUGGCUAAGAGUCAGAUGGUUGAUAAGACCAUUUUUCUCUUCUCAAAAAUGGUGGAGAACAAUUGCCGGCCCAAUGAAUUUACUUACAGUGUAAUUCUGAAUGUUUUAGCUUCAGAAGGGCAACUUGGUAGGCUGGAUGAAAUUGUGGAAGUGUCAAAGAAAUAUAUGAAUAAGUCAAUAUAUGCAUAUCUUGUGAGGACGCUCAGCAAAUUGGGCCAUGCAAGCGAGGCUCACCGGCUAUUUUGCAAUAUGUGGAGCUUCCAUGAUAAGGGGGAUAGGGAUGCUUACAAGUCUAUGUUAGAAAGUUUGUGCAGUGCAGGUAAGAUGACCGAGGCUUUGGAAUUGUUGAGUAAGAUUCAUGAGAAGGGAAUUAACACGGAUACUAUAAUGUAUAACACAGUAUUCUCAGCACUCGGUAAGCUAAAGCAAGUAUCCCACUUGCUUGAUCUCUAUGAAAAGAUGAAACGAGAUGGCCCUUCACCUGACAUUUUUACCUACAACAUACUGAUCUCUAGCUUUGGUAGGGCUGGAAGAGUUGAUGAAGCUGUUAAAAUUUUUGAAGAGCUGGAGAAUAGUGAUUGUAAACCUGACAUUAUCUCUUAUAAUUCAUUGAUUAAUUGUCUUGGGAAGAAUGGCAAUCUUGAUGAAGCGCACAUAAGGUUCAAGGAAAUGCAAGAGAAGGGACUGAGUCCUGAUGUUGUUACAUACAGCACACUCAUUGAGUGUUUUGGAAAGACCGAUAAAGUUGAAAUGGCUUGCAGUUUGUUCGACGAGAUGCUUGCUAAUGGCUGCCAUCCUAACAUUGUAACAUACAAUAUUUUACUCGACUGUCUUGACAAGUGUGGAAGAGCUGCCCAAGCAGUAGACCUGUAUGCAAAGCUUAAACAGCAGGGAUUAACUCCAGAUUCAAUCACGUAUGCAGUUCUUGACCGUUUGCAGAGCGGAUCACAUAGGACGGUUAGAGUUCGUAAGAAGAAUCCAAUAACAGGCUGGGUAGUUAGCCCCUUAUGAUGAUCGCCAACAAACAGCUGGCGAAAGCAAGUUGUUUCCAUUUUCACUCUCUUGGGCUCCUUAAAUGAGUUUUUCUGCAUGGAUGACCCAGUUGCCCAAUAUACAACUUGAUAUGUGAACCUGAAAGGAGUCUGUCAAACACUCAAACAAGUGCUCCUCUCAUUGCUUGCCUUGCCAUUUAUUUUUCAAGGACGAGGGAAAUGGCACAAGAGUUUGAGGAUGAUACAUUGCAAAAAUUGAAAAUUGAGCUUGCUCUAUCCUUGCUGUGUUCAUUCAGCAGUCCUAUUGCCGAUUUGUAAUCAUGAAGAGCACAGCCUUACUCAGUCCUCAAUUUUGCUUUCGUGCCCUUUCGAGUCUCAUCUUAUGACUUUGUGGAAGCAACACCUACAUAUCUAUCUGGUAAUUUGGCUGGAUACCAAAUGAUAUGGAUUAGUUGUCAGGGCACUGUAAUGUUUGCCUUUGCUGCUGUGUUACAAAGACCCCUGCAAUUGCAUGCACUCUUUCUAGUUGCAAAUUGUUGGGACCCUGCCAUUUGGGUCUCAGUUACACUUCAAUCCUGGCAGUUCUGCAUCCCGAAAGUUUCCCUAUUUUUGACGGUUCAGCUUGCACAUUUGAGAACAGAGUAGCUGGGAAUUCCUGGGGAUGAGGAUUUCUUUCUGCCAUGGCUGGUUGCUUCCAAGUGAAUCCAAGUAAGACUGCCUUGGCUUCACAGUAUCUUUUGCCCCCUUCCCAUAAUUGAAAAAUCCAACUGUUUCGAAAUAUUGAAUUCUCUUCAACCUUAAAUCUCUACACAAAUCAUCAAAAAUUAAUCCCUGUGGUUACUAUGGUUUCUUCUAAGUGAAAUAUUGAAUUCAAUCUUUGUGAAGGCUCGAUGUAGGUUGUUGACCCAUAUUCUAAGUUCAAACAACCUUGAUGCAAGUUAAUCAAACACUAAUAUUGUAUUUGAUUUGUGGAAAUUGCUCCAGAUGUGAUAGUAAUAUGCCAUAUGCCUCUUUAGGUAAGGCUUCAUAAUAGUGUUUGAUGAAUUGCACACAAGGUAAAAUUACAUUAUCGCAUUGUUUCAUGAAUACAAUUGUAAAAAGCAUCAUUAAUAAUACAAUAGAUUAUAAUAUAAUCUAAUAUUAUAGCAA